AUGUCCGACUCUGCCGCCCCGUCCUCCCCCUCUGCCGCUGCGCCGGCUGCCGCGACCCCGGCGAGUGCGCCCACCACUUCGUCGUCGUCGUCGACCCAGGGCCCGCCGACCAACACGCCCGCCGCUGCCCCGACCGCCGCCACCAUCGCCAACAGCGCCAACCCGGACGCGUACGAGGGCAUCCACCAGCCUGGCCAGACCGAAGACGACGGCCUCACCCUGCGCGCCCUCGUCUCGAGCAAGGAGGCCGGUGUCAUCAUUGGCCGCGGCGGUGCCACCAUCGCCCAGAUCCGCCAGGACGCCACCGUCAAGGCCGGCGUCUCCAAGGUCGUCCCCGGCGUCCCCGACCGCGUCCUCUCGAUCGGCGGCACCGUCGACAGCGUCGCAAAGGCCUACUCGCUCGUCGCCCAGACCAUCCUCGAGAACCCGGUCCCGUCGCCCACGUCGGCUGCCACGCCCGAGGGUGGCGCCGCCCCCUCGCCGUCCGCGUCGGCCUCGAUCCGCCUCCUCAUCUCGCACCUCCUCAUCGGCUCGGUCAUCGGCAAGGGCGGCUCCAAGAUCCGCCAGAUCCAGGAGCUCGCCUCGGCCCGCAUGGUCGCGAGCAAGGAGAUGCUCCCCCAGUCGACCGAGCGCAUCGUCGAGGUGACGGGCCAGCCCGAGGGCGUCCGCAUCGCCGUCCAGGAGAUCGCCAAGUGCCUCAUCGAUGACUGGGACCGCUCGCAGGGCACCGUCCUGUACCACCCGGGCGCCGAGGGCCUCGGCGGCGCGGGCGCCGGCGGUGCCGGCGCGGCGGCGGCGGGCGGCGCGCAGGGCGCGGCCGGUGCGGGUGCGGCGCAGGGCCAGGGCCAGUUCGCGCCCGGCCAGAGCCUCGCCGGCACGGUCGUCGGCAACGAGAGCGACCCCAACUGGAGGGAGCAGAAGAUCAGCAUCCCGAGCGACAUGGUGGGCUGCAUCAUCGGCCGCGGCGGCACCAAGAUCAACGAGAUCCGUCGCCUGUCGGGUUCGCGCAUCAACAUCGCCAAGACGGCGCACGACGAGACGGGCGAGCGCAUGUUCGUCAUCUCGGGCCUUCCCGAGAACAACGAGAAGGCGCUCUUCCUCCUGUACAACCAGCUCGAGUCGGAGAAGGAGCGUCGCGUCCAGAGCGUCCAGGAGGAGCAGGCUCAGCAGCAGCAGCAGCAGCAGCAGGGCGAGGCCGGCGCCGGCGAGGCAUAAUCCUCCUCAUCGCCACCUCGACUCGAUCCGCAUCAUCGUCGUGAUCCCCCAUCAAUAUCCCCCCGCCCUCUUCCAAAACGCCUGGUCUCCCGCCUCGCCUUUCCUCUCUCUCUCUCUCUCGUCCUCUCUCUCUACUCUCCCUCGCCUCGUCUCGCCUCGUCUUCCUCACAUUAUCACCUCGCCCACCCGCCGUCUCGCGCUCCGCCGCCCUCACGGACCGCCUCCCCCUCCUACUCGCCCUCAAAAUCCCUCGCGCCCCUUCGCCUCG